AUGAUCAGACUCCGAAGAAACCUCAGCUACUUCCGCUACCACUACGUCGCAACACUUAUUAUCAUGUUCCUCAGCCUCCUCUGGCAUCCCAUCUCUAUGAUCGUCUUUCUCCUUGUCUUUGUUGCCUGGUUCUACUUCUACUUCUCUCGCCACGGCCCCCUCGUCGUGCUCAACCAAACCCUCGACGAUAGAACCGUGCUCUGCGUUUUGGCGGUUAUCACUGUCGUCGCGCUAGUUUCUACUCACGUUGGCCUCAACAUCUUGUUGUCGUUGAUCGUCGCCGUAGUGUUCGUUUGCCUGCACGGUGCGUUUAGGGUUACUCAAGAUUUGUUUCUUGAGGAGGAAAGUGGGUUGCUUUAA